CCUCCGCUCCUGAAGAACAUUGAGAAUGGCCCCCAAGUCUGGCCAGGGGGUUGAAGAAGCCGAGGAAGAGGCUCUCCCGUCCCCCACAGAGCGAGAGUCUGUCAGUGGUCACCUGGGACCUCCAGCAGGCGCACCUGCAGCCCCCGAGACCCCCACAUGCCUGCCAGACACCACGCCCCACCCCACACGGGCGGCCUGCUCUGCUGACCUGCAGGGCUGCUGUUGCUGCUGCCGCAGGUUGGCUCUUGAGUCCCUGGACCCUCGCACACUGCGGCUGCUGUGGAAGCAGCGAGAACUGGAGAUCCAGGCCUUGCGGUGGGCCGUCCAGAAUGGCAAGGACACUCGGCUCUGCCAUAUCCUGGAGGAAGUGGCGGGGAUUCCACCCAAGAGGAGCUCCCACAGUCAGGAGAAGUUCCUGCAGAACCAGGUCCAGAAGCUGACCCUGGAGUUGAAGGAACAGAAGGACCGAGCCCAGUGGGUGAGGCGGGGGCACAGGGAGUGGGCAGGGUCCUGGUGUUGGAGAGCCAGGCUGGGGCUGGCCUGGGGGCCUUCUGCAGAAGACCCACCCCCACCACCCACGGGCCCUCCCGGAGCAGGAGAAGGAGCACCUGGAGGAGCGGCUGUUGCAGACCACCCGCACGCUCCAGGAGGUGGAGGCCGAGCUGCAGAACUUGCAGAAGUCCUGCCUCCUGCAGCUGGCCCACUCCUCGUGGGUGGGCCGCAUGCUACGAUCCCAGACUGGCAGUGUGGAGGUGAGCCCGUCCCCCAAGCCCUCCUGCCCCAGGCUGCCCUCCCCAGCCCUCCCCCUCUCAUCGGGUGCCUCUGCUGGGGUGCCCUGGCCUGCCUGGAAGCCUGCCCUGCUCAGGCUGCCUCUGGAACUCUGGGCUCCAGCAGGGAGGAAUCAGGAGGCCUCAAAGCACAGGUGGUGACGGCAGAGACUCUGAUGGACCCAAGUGACCUCUCUGAAAACAUUCAGGCCCCCACUGGGGAGGUGAGCUGGGCCUCCCACGUGUGUGGUCUGGGACCUGGAGCCCUGCGGGAGGGGAGGACCACGUGCCUGUUGCUUCCUGGCCAGGGCUUUCGGCUGGAGGACGUGGACUGGAACAGCAUUGCCCACCGGUACCCCAACCUCUUCAUCAGCCUGGAGCCCAACUCAAAGCAAAAGCAGCCCCGGCCCUUGCCACAGCUGGACACAGGGAGCUCAGAGUCCUCUGGAAAGCACUCUGAGCGGCAUCACAAGACCGUGGAGUGGGGCUGCCUGCCCUGUCUGAACACCAGCAGCUCAGGGGGCGCUGACUCCGACUCCAGCAGCUGCCGGCCGGGCCUGCCUUCCCUCGUGCAGGUGGCAGGGCACCCACCCCGGGACCACCGCGCUUCCUCCAAGCAGGCGCUGGUGCAGGCCAGGAGCUCCAGCAGGGACCUGGAAGAUCUGCAGAAAAUCCACUCACCCAGGCACGGCGAGCCACUCCUGGCGCCCCCACCCUGCACAGACCCUGACCAUUGGAGCCCGGAACACCUGCAGAGCCCGACAGGCCUGAAGAUCGUGGCCGUGAGCUGCCGGGAGAAGUUCGUCCGCAUCUUCAACCCGUCGCAGGAGAGCACGGCCGACCUGAGCUGCAUGGUGCUGAAGCAGCUGGUGCGCGGCUUGCCGGAGCGCCUGUACCGCUUCCCGCCGGGCACGCUGCUGGCCCCGCGGCACCACAUCACGGUCUGGGGCGAGGGGACCCGCAGCGCCAAGAGGCCGCCGCGCGCGUCCUCGGGCCGGGAGCCCGACCCCCUCCUCUCCAGCCGCGGCUGCGCGACGCUGCUCCUGAGCCCCAAGGGCGAGGUCCUCAGUGAGCACCAGAUCCCACGCCGCGAGACUCCGGCCCCGAGGGUCUUCGACGACGGCACCGACUUGUCCAUCGACCGCUUCCCGCUCCCUGAAGUCGGGCCCGGCGCUGACACCUGCAAGCCGCAGCGCCCACCUCGACCCCUGCGCAAAGGCCGGGUGCGGGAGCCCCGGGUCAGUCGCCGGAGACCAAGGACGCGGGGCCUGCUGCCCCCAGUGAGCUCGGGGAAACUCUUCCACGCGCGGGAGGGGCCCGCGCGGCCCGAGAACCCCGAGAUCCCCGCGCCGCAGCACCUACCCACCAUCCCGGGUGACCCCACCCUGCCGUCGCCUCCCGCAGAGGCCGGGCUGGGGCUGGAGGACUGUCGGCUCCAGAAGGAGCACCGAGUUCGGGUGUGCCGGAAGAGCGUGGACCGGAGCUGCCCCCUGGUGGCCCUGUCGGUGCAGAGCACGGCGGAGAGCAGAUUCGGCUUCCGCUUCCUCAGCUGCCUGCCGGUCACCGCAGACACCUGCCGCCGCGCCUAGGAGCGGAGGAGUGGGCCGGGACCGCGAGGGAGGGCGCGGGCGGGCUCGGGGGCUGGGCGGGCUGUGUCCGCAGCAUCAUUUAUUGAACCAACGUGGCCUACAAAGUAAACCGCAUUUCUGUA